AUGGAAAACCUUCACAAGGUUGCUGAUGACUGCGUCGCUAAUUCCGAUGCGGAUUUAAGGAAAAUCAAUUUGGAUAUUCACAGCCACCCGGAAACUUUAUACCAAGAAGUCUAUGCUCACGAGUUACUAUGUGAUUACUUCGACAAACAAGGUUUUACAGUUGAGCGUGGAGCAGGAGGUCUGCCUACGGCUUUCAGGGCAUCAUUUGGUCCCGAAACCGGGGCUGGUGGACAGCUCACAAGAGCCGUUGCUAUCAAUCUCGAGUAUGAUGCUCUGCCAAUCCUGGGACAUGCAUGCGGUCACAACCUCAUUGCAACUGCUGGCGUAGCUGCUGCUUUAGGAAUGGCGGCAGCUAUCAAGGAGGGCAAUUUGUCAGGACGUGUUGUCGCCAUCGGAACCCCUGCUGAAGAGGGUGGUGGCGGAAAGAUCAAGUUGAUAAAGGCCGGAAUCUAUAAGGACAUCUUCUGCUGUCUGAUGGUCCAUGCCAUCAUGUGUGGAUCCGAGUUGACUAUCGAGUAUAUCGGCAAGCCCGCUCACGCGAUGGCCGCUCCCUGGGACGGCAUCAAUGCUCUGGAUGCAAUGACCUUGCUACACACUAGCAUCGGUCUGCUACGCCAGCAGAUCAUGCCUACCGAUCGGAUCCGCGGCGUAGUGCUUAGUGCGGGCGAGAGUUCUGGAGUCAUUCCGCACUAUUCCAAGGCACGGUACUGUGUCCGAUCGGCCAGCCUGGUGCGCUAUCGGACUUUGAAGACGAAGUUCAUCAACUGUCUCGAGGCGGCGGCGUUGGCAACCGGGUGCGAGCUGAAGACCGAUUGGAUGCCCGCUUAUUGGGAUAUUCGUGUCAACCACGGAUUGGCCGGCAAAUAUGUGGAGCACAUGGAGGAAAUCGGCGUUCCUUUUCCGCCGAUGCAUGAGCAAAAGGCGAAUAUGACCUGUGCUAGCACUGACAUGGGCAAUGUCACCUAUGAAGUGCCUAGCAUCCACCCAAUUUUUGCUGUAGGUAUCCUUCGCCACGGUAGCUACUCUCAGGACUUGCUGACAACCCAACAGCUGGACAGUCCUAAUGGCUCUAUUCACACGAAGGCUUUCGAACAAGUUGCUGCCACGCAGGAUUCCCACGAGCGCGCAAUUAAAUGUGGCAGGGCAAUGGCACGCACGGGCAUUGAAGUGCUGGUAAAUGAUGAUUUCGCAGCGCAGGUAAAGCGGGAGUAUGACGAGACAGAUAUGAGCAUCGCGUUAGAUCCGUGGGUGGCGUAA